UCUAAAGAUAAAUAUAAAUAAUAAUUUCAAGCAAUAAUAGUAAAAAUGAGUGAAACUAAAAAUUGGCGUAAGGGUGCAAAAUCAAAGUGUUUUCCAAGUAAAAGCAGAAAACAUAAAGGAAAUAUUGCUGCGCUUCGACAAAGUAAAGCACGACUGAGUCAAAAAAAUGAAGAUGAAUAUAAUAUGACAUUAAACAACAUAGCCAACACCAGCGAGACAAUUAAUGAACCAAUUGAACCAAUGACUAUUGAUAAUAGUAGUAUUAAAAGUGAUGAUAAGAAAAAAUUUCUUGAGCAAAGCCCACCAGAGGUAUUUGGAAAAGUUUAUUCUGUUUUGUCCAAAAACGAAGACGACCUUGAUGUGUUUGGAAAAUUUGUAACGUCAGAGCUAAGAGGACUUAUACAUGAAAAUUUACGCAGAAAAGCAAAACGUCAGAUCCAACAAAUUAUAUUGGAUAUAGCUGAGGAAGAUGCCAAAUAUUAAUGUAUCAAAUAGUAUUCCUAUUUUUGUGACUUAAUUUUCAAGCAUAAGUUAAAAUAGUAGUUAUGCUAUGGUAACUAUGUACAAUUCUAGAUUACAACUAGGUAUAUUGUUAACAAAGUUAUAACAGACAUUCCAAAUGUCGUAAAUUUAAUACUCUUCAUACUGAUAUAUUUAUAAAUAUUUUAUACAUUAUAUUAU